AUGCUGCCAACGUCGCCGCCCAAGCCGGGGUACGCGGCGCCGCAGCCGCCAACCGUGAGCCCCGUGCGCCCGACACGGUUCCGCGAGUCGCUGCAAGCUGACCUGCCGGUGGUCGACAGCGCGGUGCACUGGCUCUCCUUCUUCCAAGCGAUUUGCCCCGUUGCCGAGAUGACGACGCCUGUGCACCUCUUGUUGCCCGACACGAUCUUUCUGAGUCCCGUCACGGGGAGCCCGAGCCUCUGGUAUCACUCUGGCGCGAGCGGCAUCUUGCGACGAAAGGCCACGCAUCACGUGGCACCGAAUGCGAUUUUGGACGCACUCGGCAGCCGUCAUGUCGGGGACGCGCCGGUCGCCAUUUGCCGGUUUGGGUUCACGUCGCACUUGAUUUCGCGUGCGCAACUCGAGACAUUGUGUACACAAAUGAAUGCGCAUGCGGUGGCGCCGAUGAUCGCGAGUGACUCGAGCUUGGACCCACCGGUGCCGCCGUUUUGUCUGCAGCGCUACAUCAAACCUCUCGAUGACAAGCGGUAUAUUGUAUCGUAUUCGCUGCCAAUCGUCAGCGACGACGGCAAAACCGCGAGCCCGAGCAUGUGCGAGGCGUUCUUGGCGCAGUAUUCCAAGCGCUACAAUUUGGCCAAAGGCUGCGGCGUCAUGGCCGACAGUAGCACCUCGGUGAAUGACCAGCGGCACCACCUCUUCAACAACCCGCAAGCGUCCUUCAACUUUCACGUUUCCUUGGGCACGGAAGAAGCCAAGAUCGUGUCGCCCAUCAUGCGCAUGAAGCACAUAGCAACCUCGCUUGCAACCACCAUCAACAGUCGCAAAGGCGCGCGGGCCCAGCGUAUCCAAGGCCUCGUGUGCGAGUUUAUCAUUGGUGCCCACGAUGACGAGGUGUACUUUACAGCGAUUCUUGGUGUGUCCUGGCAAAACCAGCCACUGCCGUCAUGGGAUGCGCUGCGGCACAUUGACCCCGAGUCCAAAAUGAUCUGGACAACGCCUCGUGAGCUGAAGGCCAAGGACGCGCCACCAAGUCCCCAGCUUCAAAACCCACGCUUUCCGUCGUUGGCCAAUGGCGACGUCACACUCGGCAAUGAUUCGUGGACACGAGGCCUCGUCAGCGCCGACCGGUCACCACGCUACACGAACGCGUCACCGUCCAAAUUUUUUCGUGACGGACGGUUUGUCACCAAGCUCUCGGCCCUGCAAUGCGAGACCGCUUGCCGCAUGCACGUUCCUACGCACCGAGCGUGCCGACCCGCACUGCUCGUCGAUUUAGCGCGCCAGGUCGAAGACUACCGCGAAGAGCUUGUGGACCAAAAGGAAAAAUGCAUUGUCGCAGAAGAGGCAGCGCAUCGGUCGUCCGAGCAAACCAAGAUUGCAAUGGCAACCAAAAUCGCGAUGGAAAAAACGCUGGCCGACAUGCGCUGUCUGGAAGAACGAGAAAUGGAGCAAGCGGCGCGGCUGUGCAUGACCUCAGAAGAGCGCGAGACGCGGGCCAUGGCCAUCAUCAGAAAACAAGCGCAAGCGAUCGAGGUGCUCGUUGCACGCAACACGGCCGAGGACAUUUCGCUGCGGCGCGAGCUCGAAAACUGCAAUGAACAGCUCAAGCAAUUGCACCAGACUGAAGUGCUGCAUGUCGACGCCCUCGCUCAAAAAGACGAGAUGAUUGCGACGUUGUCUGCCGACAAGGAAAAGGCGCGCCAGCAAGCGAUCGUAGAUGCCAUGCAGCGCGAAGGCGCUCAGAGCCACAUCCACACGCUCCGUGCACAGGUUGUCAUAAGCAAAAAUGGCAUUGUCUAAAAACACGUC